AGAGGGCAGGCCCCUGGACUCAAUUUGCUUUCGGAGACACUAGCAAGAUGGGGAUCAUGGCUGUCCUGAUACUGCCCCUGCUGCUGCUGGGAAUCAGCGGCCUCCUUUUCAUCUACCAGGAGGUGUCCAGGCUGUGGUCCAAGUCCACCGUGCAGAACAAAGUGGUGGUCAUCACUGAUGCCAUUUCGGGACUGGGCAGGGAGUGCGCUCGGGUGUUCCAUGCAGGUGGGGCGAGACUGGUGCUGUGCGGGAAGAACUGGGAGAGGCUGGAGAGCCUGUACAAUGCCUUGACCAGUGUGGCUGACCCCAGCAAGCAGACAUUCACCCCAAAGCUGGUCCUCCUGGAUCUUGCUGACAUCAGCUGUGUCCAAGAUGUGGCCAAAGAGGUCCUGGAUUGCUAUGGCUGUGUGGACAUCCUCAUCAACAAUGCCAGUGUGAAGGUGAAGGGGCCUGCCCACAAGAUUUCUCUGGAGCUCGACAAAAAGAUUAUGGAUGCCAAUUACUUCGGACCCAUCACCUUGACCAAAGUCCUGCUUCCCAACAUGAUCUCCCGGAGGACAGGCCAGAUCGUGUUAGUGAACAACAUCCAAGCAAAGUUUGGGAUUCCGUUUCGCACAGCUUAUGCGGCCUCCAAGCACGCUGCCCUGGGCUUCUUUGAUUGCCUCAGAGCUGAGGUUGAGGAAUACGACGUUGUGGUGAGCACAGUGAGCCCAACUUUUAUCCGCUCCUAUCACCUUUAUCCAGAGCAAGGAAACUGGGAAGCCUCCAUUUGGAAAUUCCUUUUCAGGAAGCUGACCUAUGGCGUACACCCAACGGAGGUGGCGGAGGAGGUGAUGCGCACUGUGCGGAGGAAGAAACAAGAGGUGUUCAUGGCCAACCCCAUCCCCAAGGCGGCUGUGUUCAUCCGUACCUUCUUCCCCGAGUUCUUUUUUGCUGUGGUGGCCUGUGGGGUGAAGGAGAAGCUUAAUGUCCCAGAAGAGGGUUAA